AUGGUUCUCGACAGGCUUCAGCAGUUGGCUCAUCAACUCCAGGUUGACGCAAAACCAUCUCCCCCGCAUCCUUUUGAUCCUCUGUCUACUGCAGAGAUAGAUACGGCCGUUGCAAUCAUCCGUAAGGAGCAUGGCCCCCUCAACUUUAAUGCUGUCACAUUGUACGAGCCACGCAAGGCACAAAUGAUGGCCUGGCUGAGGGAACCUGAAAGCCCCCGCCCACUCCGCGCCGCUGAUGUCGUUGCCAUUGCACCAGGUGGCAAGGUAUACGAUGGUGUAGUGGAUCUGGACCAAAAAAAGAUCUUGGAGUGGAAGCACACACCUAAUGUCCAACCACUGAUCACUAUGGAGGACCUUCAAGAAGUGGAACAUAUUGCGCGCAGGGAUCCGAAAGUCAUUGAGCAAUGUGGGAUUAUUGGCAUUCCACCAGAAGAUAUGCAUAAAGUGUACUGUGAUCCUUGGACGAUUGGUUAUGACGAGCGCUUUGGCAAUGGAGUUCGUUUACAACAGGCCCUGAUGUACUACCGUCCUCAUAUCGAUGACUCCCAGUAUACCUACCCGUUGGACUUCUGUCCGAUCUUUAACGCGGAGACGAAGGAGAUCAUUCAUAUCGAUGUGCCCCCAGUGCGGAGACCUGUCAACAAAGCGCCUCCAAACAACUAUCUCCCCGAGUUUAUCAAGAAAGAAGGCGGUUUCCGUACUGAUAUCAAGCCAAUACAUAUCACCCAGCCUGAGGGUGUUUCAUUCCAAGUGAAGGACCGUAUCAUCGAGUGGCAAAACUGGAACAUUCAUGUCGGGUUCAACUACCGUGAGGGCAUUGUCCUUAAUAACAUCACAUUCAAUGACAAGGGAAAUGUACGGCCAAUAUUCUACCGGCUCUCAUUAGCGGAGAUGGUCGUUCCUUACGGUAACCCUGAGCAUCCUCAUCAGCGCAAGCAUGCAUUUGACUUGGGAGAAUACGGCGGUGGCUAUAUGACAAAUAGUCUAUCUCUUGGAUGUGACUGCAAGGGGGCCAUUCAUUACAUGGAUGCCGCGUUCGUCAAUAGCGCUGGUGCGUCAACGAUCAUCAAAAAUGCCAUUUGUGUCCAUGAGGAGGACGCAGGUAUUCUGUUUAAACACACCGACUUCCGCGACGAGUCAAUGGUCGUCACCCGCGGUCGCAAGUUGAUUAUAUCACACAUCUUCACUGCUGCAAACUAUGAAUAUUGUGUAUACUGGAUCUUCCACCAAGAUGGAACCGUUCAGCUAGAGAUUAAGCUGACUGGUAUCUUGAACACUUACUCUAUGAACCCGGGUGAGGAUACUAAGGGAUGGGGAACCGAAGUGUAUCCGGGUGUCAAUGCUCACAACCAUCAGCAUCUAUUUUGUUUACGCAUUGACCCCAACAUUGACGGUCCCGAUAAUACUGUUUUUCAAGUGGAUGCCGUUCGUGGCCCCGGAGAAGUCGGCAGUGCUGAGAAUAAGUAUGGCAAUGCUUUCUACGCCAAGAAGACCAAAUACAGCACUCCGAUUGAGUCGAUGUCAGACUAUGAUGGACUCACCACGCGUACCUGGGAUAUGGCCAACACCAACAAGCUCAAUCCAUACAGCAAGAAGCCAGUCAGCUACAAGCUGGUCAGUCGUGAUGUUCCGCCACUUCUUCCCAAGAAUGGUAGCUUGGUGUGGAAACGAGCCGGUUUUGCACGUCACGCAAUACACGUUACAAAGUAUUCCGACGAGGAGAUUCAUCCAGCUGGGCGCCAUGUUCCUCAAACCUCCGGUGAACCUUCACACGGCUUGCCCGCUUGGAUCGAGGCCGCUGGACCGGACUGCUCAAUUGAUAACACCGAUGUUGUUCUGUGGCACACAUUUGGUCUGACCCACUUUCCGGCUCCAGAAGAUUAUCCUAUCAUGCCUGCUGAGCCAAUGACUUUACUUCUACGUCCACGCCACUUUUUUGACCGAAAUCCUGUCCUCGACGUCCCACCCAGCUUUGCACGUUCCCCUUCGGAGGUAGCAGCAGGAGCAAAAAGUUGCUCCUGUAAGCGAACUGAUGGAUCCAGCGUUUUAGUAUAG